UAUAAAGGAUAUUGAAAAUGAAAGACUGUUGAGAUAAUUGAAAAAAGGAAAAAGGAUAGCGUCGUGUUGAGUGUGUGUGUGCGUGUGUGUGUGCGUGUGUGUGCGUGUGCCUGUGUGUGUGGCUGUGUAUUCAAAGAAAUUCUUGUUGGGAGACAAGAAGAACCAUCAAGAUGAUGAAGAAGGAGAAACCUAUGAUGUCCGUGACGGCCAUUAUCCAGGGAACGCAAGCUCAACAUUGGGCACGCGGUAACACCUUUCUUUUUCGAGUUGAGUUUUAAGCAUCAUCGAGUUUUGCGAUGCAAGGUCAUCGAUGCACCUGCUAUAAAAUCGGUUUGCAUACGUUCUCUUUCUCUGAACGUGCUGAUCGAAACGAUCGUCCCUUUCGAUGGCGUGUAUGUUCGUUGGCCUUGAAGAGCGAGUCCUCCUCCUUGGCUUUCUCCGACACAGGAAAGGUACUGCAGACAACCAAGCAAGCAAGCAAGCAAACAAACAAACAAACAAACAAGCAAGCAAGCAAGAAGGGUUAAGUUUGGAAAAUAGUAACAUGUCGAUGUCAUCAGUAGGUCCACAAAGUCCGCUGGACAUCAAACCCGACACGGCUAGUCUUAUAAAUCCAGGAAACUUCAGUCCUUCUGGUCCUAACAGUCCAGGAUCCUUCAACGCUGCUGGUUGUCACAGCAACCUCUUGAGUACGUCGCCAAGUGGACAGAACAAGGCAGUUACACCCUACCCACCGAAUCACCCUCUAUCAGGCAGCAAACAUCUUUGUUCGAUCUGUGGUGACCGAGCUAGUGGCAAACACUACGGUGUUUACAGCUGCGAGGGUUGUAAAGGAUUCUUCAAAAGGACCGUACGUAAGGAUCUAUCGUAUGCGUGCCGCGAAGAAAAGUCCUGCAUAAUCGACAAAAGACAAAGAAAUCGUUGUCAGUAUUGUCGAUAUCAAAAAUGUUUGGCGAUGGGAAUGAAAAGAGAAGCGGUACAGGAGGAACGACAACGUACCAAGGAAAGAGAUCAGAGCGAGGUCGAAAGCACAAGCAGUCUUCACUCUGACAUGCCGAUCGAACGUAUUUUGGAAGCUGAGAAACGAGUUGAAUGCAAGGUCGAGCAUGAAGGAAAUUACGAGAAUGCAAUAUCGCACAUUCGCAACGCCACGAACAAACAGCUGUUCCAGCUGGUGGCAUGGGCCAAGCACAUCCCGCAUUUUACCUCGUUGCCGUUGGAGGAUCAGGUACUAUUACUCAGGGCUGGUUGGAACGAGUUGCUGAUAGCAUCUUUUUCUCAUCGUUCCAUCAAUGUCAAGGACGGUAUCGUUUUGGCCACUGGCAUUACCGUCAACCGUAAUUCGGCGCAACAGGCUGGCGUAGGGACGAUAUUUGAACACGUAUUAUCCGAACUCGUAACUAAGAUGCGAGAAAUGGAAAUGGACAAAACUGAAUUAGGUUGUCUCAGAUCAAUAAUCCUCUUCAACCCUGACGUACGAGGUUUAAAAUCCAUCCAAGAGGUCAGUCUACUACGUGAGAAGAUCUAUGCGGCUUUAGAAGAAUAUACACGUGUAUCUUGUCCGAACGAUCCAGGAAGAUUCGCUAAGCUAUUGCUUCGCUUACCGUCCAUUCGUUCGAUCGGCCUCAAAUGUCUCGAACAUCUCUUCUUCUACAAGCUGAUCGGUGAUGUACCGAUCGACGAUUUCCUAAUGGAGAUGCUGGAGUCACCCUCGGAUCCUUAGGAACAAAGGGUGUGCCGCAUUCUGGGGCACACCGAUCUCUGAACAAGAGAGAGAGAGAGAGAGAGAGAGAGAGAGAGAGAGAGAGAGAGAGAGAGAGAGAGAGAGAGAGAGAGAGAAAGAGAGAGAGGGAGAUAACUCGUGGUAGAAAGAUGUAAAGCUACAGGGGAUGAAAAAAGAAAAGGAUAAAGAAAAACAAAUUAACGUGAAAACAGAGCUAUAGGACAACACCAUUACAAAAACAACAACAACAACAAUAACAACAAUAAUAAUAAUAAUAACAUUGAAGAAUAUUAAAAUAGAAAAUUUACGAUGUUUUUUUCCUUAUAUAUAUAUAUUUUUUUUUUUUUUUUUAUUAACUCUGUUCUUUCGUUUUUGUAAAAAAUAUCUCCGGUAUUCACGAGUCAAGCGAGAUGGAAUUACUUACUUCUUUCUUUCUUUUUUCUUCUUCUUCUUUCCUUUUUUUUUUUUUUUUUAUUUCUCUCAUCGUCUUUUUAUUAUUUAUGUAUCUUCGUUGUUUAGAGAACACUUAUAAAUAACAAAUUGCGAAAAUUCCCUUCAUCGUCGAAGGGAUCAUCGAUUCUUUCAUUUUUUUUGUUUGUUUUUUUUUUUUUUUCUCUCAAUUCGAUUCGUAUCGAGAGCGUGUCGGAAAAAGUAUACGACGGAGGUAGACAUUGAUUUUGGUGACUUCAUAUAUAUUAUCCCUCGUUUGUUUACAGUUCUUUCUUUCCUUUUUUUUUUCUUUUUUUUUUUUUUUUUUGUUUAAAUCCUUUCCCUUAUUAUAAUUAUUUAUAAUAAUUACAAGAUAGUUAACAUUGUACGUUCAAAUGUUAUCUCUUUUUCUUCCCUCUUUUAAAAGAGGACACCGAUUACAAGUUUUCCACGUCGUGUAAUAUCGUACGGAGUAUGUAACUGCAUCUAUAUCUUUACUGCCUAUUUUAUUAUUAUUAUUAUUAUUAUUAUUACUACUACUAUUAUUAUUAUUAUUAUUAUUAUUAUUAUUAUUAUUAUUUUAUUAUUAUUAUUAUUAUUAUUAUUAUUAUUAUUAUUAAUAUUAUUAUUAAUAUGAUUAUUUUAUUUUUAUUAUUAUUACUAUUAUUAUUAUAUUAUUUUAAUCAUGUACCUAUUGUUGGUAGAACGUAUUUAAUUUAAUUAUGCCGAUUCGUAAUCGCAUCAGUUUGAGAAGUUAUUUAUUUAAAUAAUUCGUUUCAACAACUUAAACAAAAACCAUAUGUGUGUCUUCUCGUUUUUAUCAUUAAGGAUGCAGUUUACAUAUUGUAUUACUAUACGAAUAUUCAUACAUUCCAACUCUGCCUCGAUUCGAAUCGCUAAUUUUUUUUAAAGAGCCAUUAUAUUGCGCGUGUAUAUGUAUAUAUAUAAUUUAUAUAUAUAUAUAUAUAUAUAUAUAUAUAUAUAUAUAUAUAUAUAUAAUAUACACAACACACAGCUGAAAGCACGUGUCGUCGCACGUGUAAAUUAUAAUUUAUUGUUUUGUAUUUUAGGAUAUAGAGAAGAGACAAACUUACCAAUAAUUAUACAUUACUGAUUAUUACGUAGAUCUUUUUUUUCCUUUUUUUUUUUUUUUUUUUUUUUUUUUAAUUUAAUUCAAUUUUAUUUUAUUUUAUUUUAUUUUAUUUUAUUUUAUUUCACUCCAUUUCAUUUUUUUUUUUUUUCUAUUUUAUACAGCGUAACGUUGUCUGUAACAAAAUAUUAAGGAAAAAAAGAAAAAAAAAAAAAAACCUGUGACAAAGGAGUAUCCGUUUUCAAGGGGUUAAGGAUUCUUAAUAAGAUGAUAAAGUCGAUAGAUUAUUUUGUGUGGAAAGUUUAACUCGUAAAUGGCAUGAUGAUAAUGAUAUGGACAACAAGAAAUAUGAAAAAAGAAAAGAAAAAAGAAAAAAAAAAAAAAAAAAAGAACGAACUACGUUUUCUCAAUGUAACUCUGUCUUCUAUGUCCGAUGUAAACAAAAUUAUAUUUACAAGAAUAUAGAACGAAAGAUAUCUUAUUGUUUAAUCAACAACAAUAAGAUUGUUCCUUGAGUAUUAAAACUUUUUUUUUUUUAAUCGGCAAUAUCAAAUGAAAUUAAAGUGUAUAAGCUUUGAAAAUCUUUGCGAGGACACCUUGUCAAAAUAACUGAUUUAUUCUUUCAACCUGGAAAUGUAGAAAUUACUUAUAGAACGUAACUAAGGCAAAACCCUACUCUCGUUGUUAGCAAUUUACAGAAUUCUGUGAGAUAUGAUUUGAGCUGAAGGACCUUUAAAAAUUUUAAGUCUAAUUAAAUGAUCUUAUGAAUUAAAUAAUAAAUUAUUUAAUAUUAUCUUGAUAAUUGUGAAAGAUUAAUUCAAUGAUUAUAAUAUAUUGAUGGUGCAUUGAAGUAUAUUAUGCAAAUGGCCUUUACUUUUGUACUGUUGAAAGUCUAUGAAAUGGCUUCAAUUUAGAAAAAAGAAAAAAAUUAAAAUUAUAUCAGUAUUUGAUUAAUAUUAAAUAAUUUCUUUAAUAAUUUGUGUAUAGUCGAAUAAUUUUUCUUUUUUCUUUCUUUCUUUCUUUCUUUUUUUCUCCUUUUUUUUUUAUUUUUUUUAUUUUUUUUUUUUUUUUUUUUUUUUAUUAAAUACCACAUUUUAAUAUCUUUCAGCUCUAGUCAUUGACACUGUUUACUCUAGUACUCUAGUAUUCAUAGGCAAAGGAUCAUACUUACACACUUCGAUACUAUAAAUUAUAAUAAUAUUAUUAUAUAUUAUUAAACAUAUUUCUAUUUUUGCGUGAAUGCCUACGAUUGUUAGUUGUUGGUUAUUGUUAUCUACUUGAUGAGAGUUUUUAAUGUUAUGCCUACCAUCAAAAGAAACACGAUAUUAAAUUCUCCAUUUUUUUCAUAACAAGCUGGAGUUACGGUUCAUUUCAGAUGCCUGCUGUGCCAGUUAUGAGUAUAUUCAUGAAAAAUACAGAAUAGUCCUGUAUAGAAGACGGAUAACAGAAAUUGUUGUGUUUUUACCUGAUUUCUGUGAUUUUAAUUAAACCGCGAAAUGAUGAUAAUGAUGAUGAUGAUGAUGAUGAUAAUAAUAAUACAAUGCUAUCGACGUUUCACUAUCUAUGAGAGCGAGAUUAGUUUGAUAAAUUUAAUGAUUGUCGCGCUAUUCUUACCCUUUCCUUUUUCUCGAUUGUUAAUUCUGCUCGAUGGUUGAAACUGAAAGCACUGACCAGAAUUACCUCCCAACGGACGCAUUUUGCGUACACACCUCUUCAAGCUCCUCAAUGUAAAAAGUAAGAGAUCACUUAGGGUUCGAGGGCGCGAAUGCUACCUGUGAAUGAAGUUUCAUAUAAAUCUAUAAAUGUUAAAAAAAAAAAAAAAAAAAAAAAAAUAACAAAAAUCUAUACAUACAUACAUAUAUAUAUAUAUAUAUAUAUAUAUAUAUAUAUAUAUAUAUAUAUAUAUAUUUAUAUGUGAAUAUAUGAAUAUAUAAACCGAACUCUUUCGCGAAUGAUAUACAAAUUUCAGUAGUGAUCGGUAGAUUAUUAAAGCUAAUGAAAAAGAAAAAAAAAAGAAAAAAAAAAAAAAAAAGAAGAAAAUUAACUUAACAUUAUAUACGAUUCAACAUUACUAAGGUAAGAUUAAAGAUUCAUCGGAAAGAUUUUAAAGCGAAGGCAUUAAAAAAGUAUAUUGAUCAUGUAACAAAAGAAUUAAUCAAUUAAGAAUUAUUCUUGAACGAAGGAGAUAAAAUAUGAUGAUUGUCUUUGAUGUAAAUCUUGAUGCUUUUGUCACCUUUUUGAAAUAGUUAGAAAUGGUACAAUACUGAAAAUUUGUAUUUAGAGAUAUUUUACAUAAUAAUGAUGUUCUACAUAAAGAAAGAUUUAUUAAUUAUUUUUAUCAUUCAAAUUUUCAAGAUUUUAUAUAUGCUGUGAUAGAUAAGCUCGAAAUAUUGUUGCCAUUAUUUUCGUUUCUUUUUUUUUCUUUUUUUUUUUUUUUUUUUUUUAUGUUACAACAAUUUUGUGAGGUAACAUUUAAAUCGUAUAUUUCUUAUUAUAUAUAAAAAAAUGAUCUACUAACCCUUACGCGUGCUUGUGCUAAUUUACUUUGAAAUAAGUCUUUCUCUGUGUAGAAUAAUAGAAUGGGGUGCGUAGCAAAGUUUCUGUACAGUCGCAUUUUCAUCUUUGUACUUAUAAUCUUUGUGAUUGCAUCUUAUUAUAUUCAUCCUGCAUGAUUAAAAAGAAAUAUCCGAUCAAAAGAAAAUUAACUCGUGUCAUCGUUAAUAUAAUGACGACAUUCUAGCAUGAUUUCUAGCAUGUCCUACGAUACAUGAUUUUCUUUCCUUGUUAUUGAAAAUUUUCCUCGCACCCAUUCUAUGUAAAUCAGUACAAAUAAGAUUAAUGAUAAUACAAUGUUUAAUCUUUCUGAAUAUAUAGAGAUAUCUGACUCUCUCACAUUAAGAAAUGUCCUAUCGAAUGCUGUACCUUUGCAAAGCUAAUUUAGAAAUCAGAAAACUCUAUACUUUUUGCGGACAUGUCUUAUUAAUUUAUAUAUUCUUAAAACUGCUAAUUUUAGAGAAAUUAACAUAUAUAUGACUGCCACUACGAUUAAUAUUUUUUGGAGUAUUUGCAUUAGUCAAAUAGACCUCAAUCAAUCUUUCUACAAUCUAAAGAAACGACAACAAAAGGAAAAGAAAAAGAAAAAAGGAAAAAAAGAAAGAAAAAAAAAAGACAAAAAAAAAAGGAAGAAGAAAAGAAAAAAAUAAGUAUUAACUAAUUUACUAUGCCAUUUUAUUGUAAAUUAUACACCGUGAAUGCAGUUGGAUGUGAUUUGUUUUUACGAAAUUGAUGAUGACAUUUUUCAAACGAGGGGAAAAAAAAAUCAAGAAAACGAUAAAAAAAAGAUUAAUAAAAAAUGAAAAAAAUGAAAAAAAAAUAAAAGAAGAAGAAACGAAAAAAAAGAAAUUAUAUUCUCUAAAAUUCCAUAAAUUAAUCUAAAACGGGUAGGCAGCUCUCUGAUAUAACAUUCCAUCCUGCAAAUGAUUAUUAUAAGCAGCUUUAGAUAAUUACGGAUACCAAUUAAUCAGUGUCCAAUCCCGUGAUAAAUUGCUGCACCGUUCGAUUCAAUGCCCAUUUUAUUAUUAUUAUUAUUAUUAUUAUUAUUAUUAUUAUUAUUAUUAUUAUUAUUAUUAUUAUUACUAUUACUAUUACUAUUAUAUUAUUAUUAUUAUUAUUAUUAUUAUUAUUAUUAUUAUUAUUAUUAUUAUUAUUAUUAUUAUUACCUGCCUGUUUAUCUCGUUUUUAUUAAUUUUAUAUACGUAUGAGAAAUACACCUUAUAACGUAUAAACCUCUUAAAAUAUCUUUAAUUAUUUUAUUAUAAUUUUAAUAACGAAAUUUCAGUAUUUUGUUCUAUAGUUAGCAGUAAAAGGCAUGUGCGUGUAUGAGUAUGUUAUAUAAUUAUAUGCGUGAUAUAUAUAUAUUAUAAAAAAAGAAAAAACGAAAAAAAAAGGGGAAGAGAGAGAGAGAGAAAGAGAGAAAGAAUUAAAAGUUAUCGCUCGCAUGUAUACAUACAUACAUACAUACAUACACACAUACAUAUAUACAUAAAUACAUAACACAUGCCUCCUGUACUUUCGUAUAAAUGUGUGUUUGUUUGUGUAAUUCCUAGCCCAUCAUCCACAUCAUUAAAAAGCUUUGAAAAAAAAAAAAAAUAAAUAAAUAAAUAAAAUAAAUAAAUAAAUAAAUAAAUCUUGAGCGAUUAAAUAAUUAACAAAUCGCAACACAUACAUACGUAUCCGUUGUAGAUUACAAAAGUGUUUAACUAUCUGUAAGAAUAAUAUUGGAAAUUAUGAUACGCUUUUAUAAACGUGAAAUACAACAUACUUUUUUGAAAGAGAGAGAGAGAGAGAGAGAGAGAGAGAGAAAGAGAGAGAGAGAGAGAUAAUGGUAUGGGGAAAAUAAAACAAAAAAAAAAAAAAAACAAACAAAAUAAUAUAAAAAAAAAUAUAAAGCGUUUGGCAAGAUGGGACAGCAAUUGUUUUAUAAAAAGUAAGAAUAAUAUAUUGACCUGUGUGUGUAACAAUGAGAGUAUAUAAAGUGUAAUGUAAUAUGAAAAUGGAAAUAAUAAACAAACAGAGUUGAGAUUGUAAACAUUUAAAACACGUAAAGGGACACGAGAGAGGAUGAUAUUGUAUAUGUAACUUGUAAAACGGUAUGGACAAAAAAGGAAAAAGAAAAAAAAAAAAAAGAAAAAAGAAAAAAAAAAAAGAAGAAACAUUAACAAUCCCUAAGCAAAGAAAUAUUGUGUAUGAUCUUGCAUCAAGAAAUAAUAGAUCGUCUAUUCUGAUUUAUCUAAAUAAAAUAUUUUUAUGAAGCAAA